AUGACAAACGUGUUCUCCACUUCUGGUGUGGUUCCUUUCGACAUCAAAGCCUUUGCAGGUUUCACCUGGGACUUGUGCAGCAAGGCGGUCCUGUUCGUUCAGAACCACGGCGCACACUCUCUCCGCCGUGAGAUGCGCGGCCGAAGUCAAGGAGGAGAAUCCUGGGAUCGUGGCCUCUCUGACAAGGGGUGGACGUUGCUGGAUCCUGACCAGAGAGCUCAGCAUAAAGAGGUCAAGGAGGAGACUCGUGGGAUCGUGGACUCUCUUGAUGGUGAUGACUUAGAAGGGAAGAACAAGGGGGAGCACAACAGAAUCCACAUAGCGGAGAAGUCAUAUAAAUAUUCAGAGCGUGGAGAGAACAUCCGUCAGAGCUCCCACUCCAACUCCCAUCAAAGAAAGAGCUUCAUUCGAAGGAAUAGCCUCACUUCACACAAAAGAACACAGAGGAGGGAGAAAUCGUAUCAGUGCUUGGAGUGUGGAAAGAGCUUCAAUCGGAAGGAUCAUCUCACUUCUCAUCAAAUAAUUCAUACAGGGGAGAAGCCCUAUCAGUGCUUGGAGUGUGAAAAGAGCUUCAAUCGGAAGGAUAGUCUCACUUUGCAUCACAGAAUUCAUACAGGUGAGAAACCCUAUCAGUGCUUCGAAUGUGGGAAGAGCUUUCGUCUGAGUGGUGAUCUCACUUCCCACCAAAGAAUUCAUACAGGGGAGAAACCCUAUCAGUGCUUGGAGUGUGGGAAAAGCUUCAGUUACAGUUCCAAUCUCACUUCCCAUCAAAGAAUUCAUACAGGGGGGAAACCCUAUCAGUGCUUGGAAUGUGGAAAGAGCUUCAGUCGAAAGGGUCAUCUCACUUCUCAUCAAAGAAUUCAUACAGGGGAAAAACCCUAUCAGUGCUUGGAAUGUGGAAAGAGCUUCUGUCAAAGGGCGACGCUCACUUCCCAUCAACGAAUACAUACAGGGGAGAAACCCUAUCAGUGUUUGGAAUGUGGAAAAUGCUUCAGUUAUAGCACCAGUCUCACUUCUCAUCAACAAAUUUAUACAGGGGAGAAGCCCUAUCAUUGCUUGGAAUGUGGAAAAUGCUUCAGUCAUAGCACCAGUCUCACUUCCCAUCAAAGAAUUCAUAAAGGGGAGAAACCCUAUCAGUGCUUCGAAUGUGGGAAGAGCUUUCGUCUGAGUGGUGAUCUCACUUCCCACCAAAGAAUUCAUACAGGGGAGAAACCCUAUCCGUGCUUGGAGUGUGGAAAGAGCUUCAGUCAAAGCACCCAUCUCACUUCCCAUCAAAGAAUUCAUACAGGGGAAAAACCCUAUCAGUGCUUGGAAUGUGGAAAGAGCUUCAAUCGAAAGAGUCAUCUCACUACUCAUCAAAGAAUUCAUACAGGGGAGAAACCCUAUCAGUGCUUGGAAUGUGGAAAGAGCUUUCGUCAGAGUGGUGAUCUCAAUUCCCAUCAAAGAAUCCAUACAAGAGAGAAAACGUCUUAGUGUUUGGAAUGUGGGAAAAGAUUCAUUCAUUGCCCACCAAAUAAUUUAUACGGGGUUGAAAAUUGGGUCCCCCUCUUAUUUAGAGUUGAAAAUGUGAUUAAGAAGGCCCAAAAAACUAUCAGAGACUAUUUUGAGAUAAAUAUGAACACAAAUGUUGAAAAAGGAGUUAUCUGGGACGCAAGCAAA